ACCUUCCGGUAGUUGAUCGACACGCAUGCGAAAUUGCCCAGAAUAGCAACAUUAUUGCUUCGAUGGCGGUAAAGGCUUCUGCAAUAUUCGAGGCGGGAAACACGUGGCAAGGGGGAUUAGGGGUGCUUCGAAGACUAUAUUAGACAUCGACAUCUCGCCCUUUCAGAGAGAGAAAAAAUACCAACACAAACACAACCACUAUCGUUUAACUCUCACUUAAGUCACUCCUUGCCAGUCGGUCCGGUCGCUCUAUACCAUUGAGGUUCUAUCGCACAAAUUUCACUCGUUUAAUACAAAUCUCAAGACAACGUCAACAUGCAUUUCCUCGCAGUCCUCACCAUUGCUACUACCGCCUCUGCGGUCCCCUUCAUGAACCGUAGGGACUACGGCACUGCCAACUUCUCGCCCGUCCCCUCUGUUCCCAGUGCGGCCCCUGGCACUCCUGGCAACUCUGGCAGCUCCCCCAGCGGCCCCGGUGGCAAUGCUCCCGCUCCUGGCUCUUACCCAGGUGCCAGCGUCCCGGGCUCCCCAGCUGGCCCAGGCAGCGCUCCCGGCGCCCCUGGCAACAACUCUCCGGGCACUCCAGGAAACGCAGGCACCGCACCGGCUGGCGGGCCGACUGUCGUGCCGACUGGCUACGCGACUAGCCCUUCAGCUACCGCCCCGUCUAAGCCCUCGGUUGAGACCCAUAUCUCUAAGCCGGUUGCUCCGUCUCCCGUUACGACUUCCGUCUCCCUCCCCGAGACCACCCCCAAGCCUGCUCCCCAGCCGGCUGGUGGCUACCCCACCGGUGGUGAUGUGACCGUCCCUGCCGUCCCCCACAACGGUGGCUCUGCGCCUUCCGCCUCCUCGUCGGCGCACCCCUUCCCCACUGCCCCUGGCGGAUCUGCUCCCUCAGCUCCCUCAGUCGGCGUGCCCGCCGUUACCCCUCAGGCUCCUGCCGCCCCGGUUGAGUCUCACCCGGCCCCUGCUGGCCCUACUCAGCCCGCUGCUGGUGGCUACCCGUCCGCCCCGGCUGCGCCUGCCAGCCCUGCCGGCCCCAACAACGGUGGCUCCAGCCCUCACGGCUCUACCCCCGGUAGCUCCACCCCUGGCAGCUCUACCCCCGCUACCGGCGGCUACCCUACCAACUAAGCAGUCAC